UCGGCUGCAUCAUUGGGCGCUCAUAGAAUCCUUCUUCCAUCGCUCUUGUCAUGAUCAUCGUAUCAGUAACCUUCUGCGCAAACAAGGAUCACGAUAUCGGUAGUUACAAAGAUUGGCCGCGUUGCCAGCUUAGCUGCCUCUGCUUGGAAACUCUCUUCGGUUGGCCGGGGUCUCUCAGACUAUCCCGGUCCCAAGACUGAGUUUACUCCCACCACGCCAUGGUACUUGGGUCCGAUCACAGUUACUCUACAGUCGUACUCACCAGACCACACGAGUUACUCCUUUAAAAAACUGAAAACACAAAACAAAACACAACACAAGAAGAGCAAACUAACGAACCAACCCUUGAUGCUCACAGCCACAACAGCCACAACAGCCACACCCAAUACUUCCAGCAACAACAUCGACACUGAAACUUCUGAUAGUGACCUCAUCAACCUUGAAAAGGCCAUUAAAGAUCUUGACAACAUGAUUUCCCCACUCCGCACAAAGACCCAAAGGAAGCUCGAGAAGAUUGAGGAGGAGAUUACCAACUGCAACUUUUUGAUUGAUUCUGGAUUGGGCUCUAAGAAGGAUCAUGCAGAACUCAAGAAGACCAAGCGCCAACUCCGCAAUCGUCGUGUCAAGCUGAGGGAUGAGUUGAAGGCUCUGCCAACCUAUGAGGAGGAGCGCAAUGAGCUGAAAAUUCAACUGAGUGAUCUGCGUCGCCGCUAUGGUAUUCUAGUAGAUGAUGAAACUCUCUGACACGAGGUCUCCUCUUGGAGAUCCGUGCUUCUAAACAUAAUAUCAAUCCAAGUAAUCUUUUUAUUGCACACAA